UCGAAACAGGUUUGAACAGCUCGGAGUAUUCACUAUCGUGUUCGGACAAUCGAGACUGAAAUAUUGAGUCCACGGUUAGGUGUUUUUGCAAGGAUUUAUGCUGGAUGUACUUUCCCCUAUACAUACUUUGUUUUGGACAUUCACUGCGUCUCCGUGCGCCUGAAGAGGGGCAGCUGUCGUUUUACAAAGUUUGGACCAGUGUGAUUUUAGCGAGGAAGAGGAAAGACCAAGCAAGGGGAGCGGAGAAGUAGCUAGCUAGCUGGCGAGCUAGCCGUCUGGGGGGAAGAAACCGCAUAGAAAGUAUGGCUGUGCACAAUGUUCCGAUAAUGGAUUAUAGUCAAGUGAGUGGAAAGGUUUUCACUAUGUUUCUAUUGUUAUUCGUUGGAAUUUUGGGAGUUGCUGGACAGUAUGGGGACAGGGGACUGUCCGUUCCUGAGCACGGGUUUUGCCAGCCAAUUUCUAUUCCACUUUGUACGGACAUAGCUUACAACGAGACCAUCAUGCCUAAUUUACUGGGACACACAAACCAAGAGGAUGCAGGGCUCGAAGUGCAUCAGUUUUACCCGCUUGUCAAAGUUCAGUGCUCUCCAGAUUUGAAGUUCUUCCUCUGCUCCAUGUACGCGCCUGUCUGUACUGUUUUGGACCAAGCGUUACCCCCAUGUCGGUCCCUGUGUGAGCGGGCGAGGCAGGGUUGUGAAGCGCUGAUGAACAAAUUCGGCUUUCAGUGGCCGGAUAGCCUCGCAUGCGAAAAAUUCCCUGUUCACGGUGCAGGCGAGUUAUGCGUCGGACAAAACAUGUCGGAGAAAAGCACCCCGAUCAACCCGACCCCCCCGGUAACGAUGGCUCCUGACCGAUGGAACGUAUUUAAGUGUCCUUCCUCUCUGUCAGUCCCCUCGUAUCUAAAUUAUCGUUUUCUGGGUUUAGAUGAUUGCGCUGCCCCCUGCGAACCAAAACGAUCCCAUGGAGUGAUGUACUUCAAUGAAGAAGAACAAAAGUUCGCAAGAAUAUGGAUUGGAAUAUGGUCCGUUUUAUGUUGCGCGUCCACGCUGUUUACAGUUUUGACUUAUCUAGUGGAUAUGAAACGAUUCAGCUAUCCAGAGAGACCCAUUAUUUUUCUCUCCGGCUGCUACACUAUGGUCUCCAUAGCUUAUAUCGCCGGAUUUCUUCUUGAGGACAAGGUAGUGUGUAAUGAGAAAUUUGACAAUGACUUUAGGACUGUGGUCCAGGGAACCAAAAAGGAGGGCUGCACCAUUCUCUUCAUGAUGCUGUACUUCUUCAGCAUGGCCAGCUCGAUUUGGUGGGUGAUCCUGGCUCUCACCUGGUUCCUGGCAGCGGGGAUGAAGUGGGGACACGAAGCUAUCGAGGCCAACUCUCAGUACUUCCACCUCGCCGCGUGGGCAGUGCCAGCCAUCAAAACCAUCACUAUCCUGGCAGUGGGACAGGUCGACGGGGACGUGCUUAGCGGAGUGUGCUUCGUAGGCAUCAACAGUGUAGAUGCGCUACGCGGCUUUGUGCUGGCGCCCCUGUUCGUCUACCUGUUCAUCGGGACAUCGUUCCUCCUGGCCGGGUUCGUGUCGCUGUUCCGCAUCCGCACCAUCAUGAAACACGACGGCACCAAGACCGAGAAGCUGGAAAAGCUGAUGGUCCGAAUAGGCAUCUUCAGCGUCCUCUACACGGUUCCAGCCACCAUCGUCAUCGCAUGCUACUUUUAUGAGCAGGCCUUCCGGGAGCAGUGGGAGAAAACAUGGAUCAGUAAGACCUACAGGAGUUAUGCUGUGCCACGUCCGUCAUUUCACCAUUCUGAUAUGAGCCCAGACUUCACGGUCUUUAUGAUCAAGUACCUGAUGACCCUGAUCGUUGGUAUUACCUCCGGGUUCUGGAUCUGGUCGGGCAAGACGCUCAACUCGUGGAGAAAGUUCUACACAAGACUGGCGAACAGUAAGCACGGCGAAACAACGGUGUGAAUGCAGUGUGGGGAUUUUGCAGACUAAAUUUCAAAUGUGUUCUCCCGAACGCUGAUGAAAAACUGAUGAACAACCAUUUGUGGAAUUACAAAGAAACUGUCUUUGCUAUGUGUAUUUUGUAAAUAUGCGUUUGUGAGAUUUUUUGUAAGUAUAUAUUUGUAUUUAAAAAUCUACUUCAAGUCGAUUUAAAUCAUUCAUACUGGAUUUUGGACAGCAAGAA